GAUCCAGCCCUCGGUCACCUUCGUUAGUUGCCUCCUCACCCCGUCAGUUUUUGUCUUCUGAUCUCGUACAUGUCAAAGACUCUUUCAUGUAAAGUCCAACGAGGUUUUGUGAACAAUUUUCGAACGAAGAAUCUCGUAGUUGCUGCGCUUGGAUUCAUGAUCAUCCAGCUGCAGGCUUGGACAGUCUGAAUUUGUUCGCGGCUUGGGGGUAAUUCUUACUCAGGGUUGGACUUACUGAACGAUGGCUGCGAACGCAAACUGGCAGGAUGGGAAUACCAAGGGCGAGCCUGGCUCGUCCUUACAUGGAGUCACUGGUCGAGAGCCCGUGUUCCAGAUGACGAUGGAGACUGUGGGCGAGAAGGAAGCCACUGACCUCAAGGGGAGGAAGUUCGCUCUUCCGGUCGAUUCUGAGCACAAGGCUAAGACCGUGAGGCUAUACUCUGUGGCUGCUCCUCACAUGAGGACUUUCCAUCUGUCGUGGAUCGCCUUCAUGAUCUGCUUCUUCUCCACCUUCGCCGCACCGCCUCUCAUGCCCGUCAUCCGUGACAACCUCGGACUCACCAAGGUGGACAUUGGCAACGCCGGCAUCGCCUCGGUGGCUGGAGCUGUGGUGUCUCGGCUUCUCAUGGGCACCAUCUGCGACCUCGUCGGGCCUCGCUACGGCUGCGCAAUCCUCAUGAUGAUCACGGCGCCCGCCAUCUUCUGCAUGCCUCUGGUGUCCACUCCGGUGGGAUUCAUCCUGGUGCGAUUCUUCAUCGGUUUCUGCCUGGCGACGUUCGUGUCGUGUCAGUUCUGGAUGAGCUCCAUGUUCAACAGCAAAAUCGUGGGAAUCGCCAACGGAACGGCAGCUGGAUGGGGGAACAUGGGUGGAGGUAUUGUUCAGCUGGUGAUGCCCCUGGUGUUCGACAUCAUCCGCCGAGACAUCGGGUCAGAGAAGUUCACAGCCUGGAGGAUCGCCUUCUUCGUCCCCGGCGUGCUGCAAGUGAUGAUGGGAUUGCUGGUGUUGACCCUGGGCCAAGAUUUGCCCGACGGAAACUAUGCUGAGCUGAAGAGAGAGGGCGAGAAAGUGAACGACAGCUUCCAGAAGGUAUUUCUGUACGCAGUCACCAACUAUCGCACGUACAUUUUUGCUCUGACCUACGGCUAUUGCUUCGGAGUGGAGCUCACAGUCGACAACAUCAUCGCCGAGUACUUCUACGAUCGCUUCGACCUGAACCUGCAAACUGCUGGAAUCAUCGCAUCCACAUUCGGGCUCAUGAACUUGUUCUCUCGCCCUCUGGGAGGAGUCCUGUCUGACGUUGUGGCUGCGAGGUGGGGAAUGAGGGGCCGCCUCUGGAAUCUAUGGAUCAUCCAGACGGUGGGAGGAGUUCUGUGCAUCGUUCUGGGCCUGACGGGUCAGCUGGGACCUGCCAUCGCCGUCAUGCUCAUCUUCUCGUUCUUCGUCCAGGCAGCUUGCGGUGCCACCUUCGGUGUCAUUCCAUUCAUCUCCAGAAGAUCACUCGGAAUCAUCUCUGGCGCCACUGGAGCAGGUGGAAACAUUGGAGCUGUGACGACUCAGGGGAUCUUCUUCAUGAGCUCCAAGUACACAACUGAGGACGGGAUCAUGCUGAUGGGCAUCAUGAUUGUGGCCUGCACUCUGCCGGUUAUCUUCGUCCACUUCCCGCAGUGGGGAAGCAUGUUCUGCCCUCCGUCCAAGGCCACGGAGGAAGAUUAUUACAUCUCCGAGUGGAGCAAGGAAGAGCAAUCCAACGGUCUCCACCAUGCUAGCAUGAAAUUCGCCGAAAAUUCCAAGUCCGAACGAGGUCGUCAAUCGCCCCCAAGAUCCAAAGAAGAAACCGUUGGUGUGGAUAGACUCUGACAGUUGUGGACAGGCAUUACCAAUGUAAUAAUUCUCAAUUCACCCUGCAUCUGUGCGAAUGAACUUUUCUCAGCUCCCAUUCAACUCUCCUAUGAGAAAUCGGAUGUAUUCUUCAUCCUUACAGGAAUUGUUUCUGUCUCGGGUACUUAUAAUAGAUUUAGUUUCACCCGAGAGAUGUUUAGCAUGAUGGAUAUAUUUCGAAUCGGUAACAUGAAAGUAGUUUGAGUUACGUACAUAUGUGUUAUCACUUAACUUUUUUGUAGGGGUUGCACCAGAUGGUGAAAUGCAGCGACUGAAAACCCUAAAUGAAAUGAAAUGUUACGAGGAGUAUAUAGAUUAUGUAGGUCAUAGGAGGCAGAUGAAAUUAAACAUGUGUUAAUACUAUUCCUGUUAGUUGUUUUUGCAUAGAACGUACAUUAGCAGUGAUAUACAUGUCGACUAGAGGCCUGGAAUAUGUUAGCCUAAUAAGGUGAGCAAAUGCUUUUGCCAUGGCUGACAGGAAUUUAGAUCUGAAUAGAGCUGUGAUGAUAUAGAAGGCCGGAUCUACUCAGUUAUAAAA